UACGUGUGAAAGGCGGAGAGGGAGAGGCAGCAGAUGCAGAGCUGGUGUUUGUCUCUGAGACUCGGAGGAAGGAGGAGAGCGCUGUGAACUGUGCAGAGCAGAGACAGUCAGUCCUCUGGUAUGUGUCCAGUGUGAGCGACUCAAUCCAGUCCCUGCGCACCUCUACCUUGCACACCAGGACUCUGACACCAUCCACACAAACAGGAAUACCUGUGUCCACUGAAGCGGUUUGUGUAGAAGAGCAUGUUGUGACAGCCAUGUCUCUGGAGAUGGAAAAGACCAUCACCAAGCUGAUGUACGACUUCCAGAGGAACUCCACCUCUGAUGAUGACUCUGGAUGUGCACUGGAGGAAUACGCCUGGGUCCCCCCCGGCCUCAGUCCUGAGCAGGUGCAUCAGUAUUAUAACUCCCUACCAGAAGAGAAGGUCCCCUAUAUAAACAGCCCUGGAGAGAAACAUCGCAUCAAACAGCUGCUUCACCAGUUGCCACCACAUGACAAUGAGGUGCGUUAUUGUAACGCGUUGGACGAGGAGGAGAAACGAGAGCUUAAGCUCUUUAGCAACCAACGGAAGAAGGACAACUUGGGCAGAGGCAACAUCCGUCCUUUCCCCCUAACCAUCAAUGGCGCCAUCUGUGACAAGUGUGGUGGUCAAAUAAAUGGAGGGGACAUUGUGGUUUUUGCUGCGAAGGCAGGUCAUGGCAAAUGCUGGCACCCGCAUUGCUUUGUCUGCAGCAUGUGUGAGGAACUGUUGGUGGAUCUCAUCUACUUCUACCAGGAUGGCAAGAUCUUCUGUGGCCGGCACCAUGCCGAGAGGAUGAAACCCCGCUGCUGUGCCUGUGAUGAGAUAAUCUUUGCUGAUGAAUGCACUGAGGCAGAGGGCAGACACUGGCACAUGAAGCACUUCCGUUGCUACGAGUGUGAGACCACCCUCGGCGGCCAGCGCUACAUCAUGAAGGACGGACGGCCACACUGCUGCAACUGCUUUGAGUCCCUUUAUGCAGAGUACUGUGACGCAUGUGGAGAACACAUAGGCAUUGACCAAGGCCAGAUGACGUAUGAUGGGCAGCACUGGCACGCAACCGAGGAGUGCUUUUGCUGUGCCCGUUGCAAGCGCUCUCUAUUGGGCCGCCCCUUCCUGCCAAAGCAAGGGCAGAUCUUCUGCUCACGGUCCUGCAGCGCUGGACAGGAUCCAGAUGAGUCCGACUCCUCCGACUCGGCCUUCCAAAGCGCCCGUUCCCGUGAAUCCCGCCACAGCACCAAGAUUGGCAAAAAGGAGCGCAGGAAUGCUGAGCGGAGUGCCGAGCCCCGCCAGUCAGCUCCUCCACCCAUGCCUGACCGUCUGUCUGCUGAAAUUGAUCCCCUCUCUGGUCAGAUGGACCGUUUGAGCCUCUCCUCUAGCCAGACCCCGAGCAGGACACCUAACCGCACGCCCAGCCGCACUCCGAGCCGUGCCCCGAGCCUUAACCAGGUGUGGAUGAGCCGGGAUGACCCCUACGUCCCUGCUGUGUAUGAGGGCCCCCAGCUGGAACCCUCCCCGACACCCGCACCUAUACAUCUGCUGGGUCAGUGUAACCCCAGGCAGGGAUACAAUCCCAAUGCAAACGUUCAUCCUCCAGCUCAGACUGCUGCCAACCCAGGGAAGAGGCCUGACUCCUGGGGGAAGGAACAAGGCAACACCAAGAGGACUCCUAUGGCUGCUUUGAGGGGCCACUCCUUUAAUGAAAACUGGACCCACCACAGCCAGGAUGAGUUCAGGCCUAACAAGCUACGCACCCAGAUGAGCUUCAAUGAGAUGCCCAGCCAGAACCAGGGCUUCUCUGACAAGAGGAGCAUCAGCCUGCAUGGAUUCCAGAGAGACGGCAGACCCCCGCUGACCAGGAGGAACCCCAUCAAUGCCAUGAGCUUCAAUGAGCCCCUCACUCCUCUAGAACAGACUCCUCGUGGAUCCAUGGACUCCCUCACUAUGUCCAAUGCUACAGCAGGUAACUCUCUGGAUGGGGUCAGUAAGCGUCAGGAGCAUUUGUCCAGAUUCUCCAUGCCCGACCUGAGUAAAGACUCGGGAGUGAAUGUGUCCGAAAAGAGCAACAUGGGUACCUUCAGCUCCUCAGUCCAGUUCCACAGCACAGAGUCGCUGUCCUCCUCUCGCCCCUACAACAAUAACAUGUACGCUCCACUGAGAGUCGGCUACCCGCUGCAGUACUGGGAUGGUCCACAGCCGUUGGGCUUUGACGGCAAAGGUCGUGUCGGGGUGAUGGGCAGCAGUGGAAACCUGCGUAUGGCUCCCAUGAGCGACAGAAUGCCCCGCCGACGCAUCAAUGGGCAGGAACCCGUGUCGCAGCAACAGCAGCCACAACCGAGACGCCGCAAACACCACCGUGGAAACCAUGGUAACGGGCAGCACCGUAGUGGCCGUCACCACAAACGCUCUCGCCGCUCCCGCUCUGACAAUGCCCUGCACCUGGUGGCAGACCGGCCCGCUCAAAUGGUAGAGCUGCCGUACCGUCGUGUCCAGGAGGAUUACGAUCGCUUCCCCUCUGGUAAUGCUGCUCGGGAGUUGUUUGGUCUUGAGCCCGGCGGGUACAGACAGCAGCCCCAACGGCCCUGCCCCCGCACCACUUCUGAUCUUACCCUGCAGAAUGCUGGCUGGCAACCUGCAGGGCUGGGUGGGCCAUGCUGGGGCGAUGGGUACAAGGAGGCUGCUGACCUCUGGUGCUCCAGCUGCUCCUCUUCCUCCGAGUCUGAGGCAGAUGAAGGUUAUUUCCUGGGUGAACCGAUCCCUCGGCCCGUGCAGCUUUGCUACCUCAAUAACGAGGAGCUGCGCCAUCGUUACAGCCCCUCUGGGAUAGCUGCCCACCACGGACCGAUGCACGGACCGAUUCAUGGCCAGCUGCACACCCGCCAAAGGAGGAAGAGCAAAAACUGCAUAAUUUCUUAGAUACAGAGCAAAGAAAUGGUGAGGGAUGAGCAGGAGAGUGAAAGAGAUGAGAGAGAGGUAAGGAGAUGGUUAAAGCAACAGAGAGGUGGAACAGAGGGAGUGGGAAGGUGAGAGUGAGACAGUUGUCAGGGAGAGUGAACAGAGAGAGU